CAUACCCAGCAUUUUGCAUGUGAGAUCGCCGCCGCAUGAAUAUUUGAAAAGGUCGAAUGAUUCUACUAUAACUGCAUACAUUAUCUGCGCAUCGACUCAAGUAGAUUGGACCCCCCAAUCUUUGCUCUUUCUCUGCUGUCGCAACAAACUCCCUGUUGACUGGUUAUUCGCUCGCCUCACAAGAUGUGGGAGGUCGACCCGGAAACUAAGAGCAAGCUCUUAGAAUUGCAAAAGCGCGAUGACAACAGCCGCUGCUGCGAUUGCGAUGCGCCCUCACCCCAAUGGGCUUCACCCAAAUUUGGGAUAUUCAUUUGUCUCACUUGCGCUGGCACCCAUCGUGGUCUCGGUGUGCACAUCUCCUUUGUACGGAGCGUGAGCAUGGACGCAUUCAAAGUCUCGGAAGUCACUCGCAUGCAGAAAGGAGGCAACAAGCCAUGGAAGGAGUUUUUUGACGCGCACGAGCUCACUAAGCUAGACGGGCGCAGCUUCGAGGAAUGCACAAUAGCAGAAAGAUAUUCAGGCGAUGUUGGCGAAGAAUAUAAAGAACGUCUUUCAGCCAAAGCAGAGGGUCGAGAAUAUGUGCCCCAGGAGAAGAAGCCUGCUAGAUCGGGCACUGCAUCAGCGACAAACACUGGUCCUCGCGGCUCGAGAGCACCUUCGACGGCGGGCUCACGGACGGGCACCCCAGUCGGCCGUACUGGCCACUCUUCUUCUCCGGCUCCCUCAAUGGGAUCAAGGAAAGCCCAAAACGAGUCAUACUUCGCGAAGCUUGGUGAUGCUAAUGCAGCUCGUUCUGCCGAUCUACCUCCGUCACAAGGCGGGCGAUUCACUGGGUUUGGAAGUGCGCCCAGAGAACCGGCAACUAGUUCCAGUUCCGCAUUACCGGGAGUUGAUGAUUUUCAACGAGACCCUAUGGCAGCGUUGACCAAGGGAUUUGGAUGGUUCACAUCAACAGUAGGCAAGAGCGCCAAGACCGUGAAUGACGGUUGGAUCCAGCCCACUGCCCAGAAGCUCGCGGAAGGAGAUCUUGCCGCAAAGGCGCGCCUGCAGGCUAUGCAGCUAGGAAAGAACAUUCAAGCCGGAGGCGCGUAUACUGCAGAUUCAUUCAACCGCUUCGUUGAAGGCCCACCCGCCUCUUCUCGUGAUCCGGACAAUUUUGAUGAAAGCAAGCGAGACUUUUGGGACAAUUUUGGCGGAGGAGCCAGUCAAUCUUCAAGACCAAGCGCAAUCGGUACUACCGCGAUGCGCGGUGGCGGAGGAAAUUCCGUAUCUUCGGCUUCAGGAAGUACAGGCUUCGGAAAUACCGGCUCUUCGUCAGGUGCUAGCGCGACAAAGUCAAAGUCAAAGGAAGAAGGAUGGGACGAUGAAUGGUAGACAGGCGAUAUAUCUAGCCGAUAUAGAUUAUAUGGAAGCCCACAGUCAAGAUUAAAAGGCAAAACCUGCGUAUGUUUUGGACAAUGCGCAUGAUAUAAAAUUAGAAAGUUGGAAGAUAUAUGAUGGGACAUGCCUUAGUCAUAGCGGAGAGUUGAAUAAUACCAC